AUGGAGAUUAACCGAACUGACACGUGAGAAAAUGCGCGAAACGAACAAUGAGAAACACGUUUUAGGAGUGAAGACAAUACUUCUGGAUACUCGUCGGCAAAAACGUCGCCACAAACCUCUGAUGACAAUUUAUUGUACGUCGCUGAAAAGAGAAAGGAAAACUUUGCGCUUUCAGAAAACUGUCAAGCGCGCACAAAACUCGGCGAAGAUUUCAGUCAAAGAGCUCUUUUCGAUUCGACUCCGACGCGUCUGAUGAAGAAACGUAUAUGAAAGGAGAGGAACAGUCUGAAUUCCGGCCGAUAGUCACUCCAAACGACUGCGAUCCGCACAAGGAAUGGUAUCACAAACUGCUGAUGCUGAAGAGCGAGUUCGAAAGAGGCGAGAGAGGUCCGUUCCCGCCGUUCCCGCCGCCGCCUCUACCCUCUACAAUGCUGGCCGCCAGCCAAGCAGUUGCGGUCAACCCGUUUGAAGCUGUAAAACGGGCGGCCUCUUACAAAACGGUAUAAUUCUGUGAAACCCUGUGAAUAUGCUCGUGUUUUUUCCAGGCAAAGUCUCCAAACAUGGACCCUAUAGACCGAUCGCUGAAUCGCUUCUGUCCGACCGACUUCCGUCCUCUCCCGCCUCCACACGUCUUUCUUGGAAUGAUCAAGACUCUGGCUCCCCAUCAAUAUGUCGACCUGACUUAUGCACUCGCAGGAUCCGUUCUUCUCGAAAUGGGCGUCAAAGUGCCGGAUCGUUUUCCGCCGCUUCCGCCGAAGAUCGAGCCGUUCCGUCCGGUAAUGGACGUCGAUUCGGUCAUUCACGAAACGGAAAUGUCGUCGCAAUCGUCUUCAGGAGGAGAAUAUUCGGAUGCUUCUGAAAAGACGAAAGAGCUCGACAGAGUUAAAAGAGAAUCAAAUCAGGCGAGGGUGAGCUAAGGAUUAGUGAGAUAUGAGGUGACGAGUAAUUUCAGAGAGAAGCGCGAAAGCUCGGAAUAAUAGCGAAACGGCUCUCUUUGACGAGUAUGUCGCGAGUUUAUCGGGAGAAGAGCAGCUAUCCGAACGAAGAAACCUUCGCGAGGGAUCAUCAUUACAAAUCGUAUGUGAGAUCAUUGGACUGACACCAUAUUUGAUUCCAGGAAAACCCUCGCUGCGUUUAUACCUCCUUCGAUCACACGUGGAAGACGUCCCCCGCCGCUCAUUCCGUCCGCCGUCAUCCCGCCGCCUCCACCGAUAGUCCCUCUUUCCAGAGGGUGAGUUAAUUUUUUUAAAGAUAAUCUUUCAAUAUUAAACCCUUCUAGGCCAAUCUUCGGAUCCUCAAUAAUGCCUCCGCCGAUGCCGCCGCCAAUAAUACUGUUUCCGUUCCCGAUUCCUCAUUUGCCUGAAACGCCGCCAACGUGUCAUUCGAGAGCGCCGAAAAUAACUCUGAAAAUGAAGUCGCCAGUCGUCGAAACAAAAAAGACCAUGUUGUUAGCCAAAAGUCGCUUCAUUCAGUGA